AUUUCCCUAACUGCUUCAAGGUACAGAACUUAUUUUUCAAGUUCGUAGACUCUUCCUGACCAAGUCUGAGAUAAACUCCAUGGUUCAAGCAUGGUUCAUUUUAUGAUACGGCUUGUGAUUCUUUGGUUUGGUACCUGUUGGUUUGGUCUUGGUGUCCACGCCUUGGUGGAGUGCCUGCAUGAUGGUGACGAUGAUGUCAAUGGCCUUUCUUUUCUGGAUGAGACUUCGCCCCUCGUGUUCUCGACGGUGUGCGAGUAUCGCGUCCUCCAAUGCAGGAGCAUCAACUACUGCAGGAUCGAGUGGUUCUUCAACGGGAUCCCGUACGAUUCAUGGAGCUUGGGAAGGGAGUCCGACACGAAAUACUAUCUGGAAGAUCACAACCAGACCAUCAGGUUCCAUUCUACGGAUGUUGACGCAGAAGGAACGUUUACCUGUCUGGUAUCCAACGGCUUGAGGAAUAUCACCCGAAGCAUCGAUCUUGAAGUCCAAGAGGGUAUAUGGCUCAACAUGCCCACCCCGUACCAGUCAUCCAGUCUAGUGUGUAAGAACCAGACAGCUGUUCUCGGUGGGAACGCGUCUUUCUUCUGCCAGUUCAAGUACCGAAACCCCGGAGCCUUCCUCCAACACAGUUGGAGAAAGUUUAACGACACCAUCAAGGGUUACGAGUUGGUCGACUUCUAUAACGCGCCCGGUACGGAGUUCUCGGAGGGAAGCAGCAAAGACGAUGAAAUUACCACCCAAAGGAAGAGGUGUCCCGGGAAGCCUCCUAAAAUUUUGUCUACAUGGUUAAACAUCACGAAUGUGACGGAAGAGGCAUUAGGAAUGUACCAAGUACGAUGUCGGAUUGCACAGUUCGUAACCAAAGUCAACCUAACGCUCUCGCUUGCCACUACGGAAGAGCCUGUUGUUGUCACAAAUACUUCUACCGUAGUGAUCUUGGUUGUGACAAUGAUCAUCGUCGUACUCCUUUUCACGUUGUCAUGGAAACGAUAUGGCACAGACAUCAAACUUCUGUUUCAUGACCAACACGCCAAACUAGAAACAGAAGAAAUUGAUGACAAACUCUACGACGCUUACAUCGUUUCGUGCUAUGAGGGCGAGGAUAGGUCCUUUCUUUACAACAUUCUUUGUCCCAGUCUGACGGAUCACUAUAAGCUAUACAUCCACGAGAGAGAUAAAGUAUUCGGUUCUGUUGAAAGCGAGGAAAUAAUUGAAGCAAUGACGAAAAGCCGGCGAUGUAUCGUGGUAUUAUCUGCUGAUUUCUACACGCAAUCAUCGACCUCGUCAUCGCAAUCGACAUCGGCAAGUAAUCCAUCAUCAUCAACCACGCCAUCAUCUUCAGUGAAACUGUCAGAUGACAGUAUUCCAGAAAAUCAGUGGCAUUUAUUUGAACUCCAUUACGCACUGGACACCAUGCACCCACACCUCAUUCCACUCCUCUACCGAGACUCGGGACCGACUUCCUUGUCGAACACCGAUUCGAACGCAGAGCUGAUCAAUCACGUCCUCAAUGAUGUCGAAUGCAUAAAAUGGAAGCAGAAAGGAAAGUCUCGUCUGGAUGAUUGGGCGAUGAAGCAGUUGCGACUUCGACUACCGCCACGUCGACGAGGAAGCGGAUUCUCUCGUGGACAGUCGUUAUGUAUUACAAUGCCACCAUCGUCGUCAUCGAUGACGUGUCCAUCACCUGUAGACACUCAUUGUAACGUAAAUUCCAACCCACAGGUUCUGAGAUUAACAAGGACAGAGACGUCAUGGCGUGACGAAAGACAAUCUCCAAGUUCGUCCGGGCAUGAUCAACCAUCUCAAGGGUCACAAGUAUCCUCCAUGCCAUCGACGACGUCUCCGUCAUCAUCGUCCUCGCCAAUGUCCUUAUCAUCCUCAUCCGGUUUUGAAUCGUGCCCAGCCAGCUCCCUAUCACAUUGUAGUCCUACUUCAAAAUCAUCGCUGUCUUCACGCAAAUCGUCCCAAUCUUCCUCGCCUGCACAUUCUUCGACGCACUCGAUCCAUGAAUUCGAGCCUGACAAUCUGAACUCGUUCCAAGAGUAUGGAUCGAAACCCAACAGAUUUAACUCUUCUCUUUCUGUCUUCAAAUUUUUACCAAGAUUGAAAAAGGAACCUUACUUGAUUGAUAACGAAACAAAACCAGGUUACAUCUAG